AUGUCUCACACCCCAACAAAGAAAAAGCUCAAAUCUAAUAUGGAUGUGAAUAUGGAGAAUUCAGGAGCUGAAAGUAAUGGUUCUCAUGCAAAGAAUCAGGCAUUAAGGGAUGUUGCGGUUAAAGAAACAUUUGACAAAUUGGUUGAAGAAGAAAGGAAGAAGAUGGUCCCACUGAAGGAAACAACUCCUCCACCAAUCCUUGAAGCUGCAAUUAAGAAUGGAAAUGUCCGGGCACCAACUCAUAUUACUUCCACCAUUUGUGAUGAAAGAGGUGAGGUGCCAUUAUAUGCUGGUGUACCCUUGUCUUCCAUUAUUGAAAAGGGUUAUGGCAUUGGUGAUGUUAUCUCUCUUCUCUGGUUCAAACGCAGCCUUCCCCGUUACUGUACUCAAUUUAUUGAGAUGUGCAUCAUGUUAUGUGCCGACCAUGGUCCUUGCGCCUCUGGUGCUCACAAUACUAUUGUGACAGCAAGGGCUGGGAAGGACCUGAUUUCUAGUCUAGUAUCAGGUUUGCUUACAAUUGGUCCUCGAUUUGGCGGUGCCAUUGAUGAUGCAGCUCGCUACUUCAAGGAUGCUCAUGACAGGGGGCUUACGCCUGAUGAGUUUGUUGAAAGCAUGAAGAAGAAAGGAAUUCGCGUGCCAGGAAUAGGGCACAGGGUCAAGAAUAAGGACAAGAAAGAUAAGAGAGUUGAGAUGCUACAGAAGUUUGCACGGGCGCAUUUUCCUUGUGUGAAAUACAUGGAAUAUGCUGUUCAAGUUGAAGAUUACACCCUCUCAAAGUCAAAUAAAUUAAUUCUCAAUAUUGAUGGUGCCAUUGCAUCUCUUUUCUUGGAUCUUCUGGCUGGUUGUGGAAUGUUCACAGAGCAAGAGAUCAGUGAAAUUGUGGAGAUUGGCUAUCUGAAUGGGCUCUUUGUGCUGGCACGCUCCAUUGGUCUGAUUGGCCAUGCCUUUGACCAAAAGAGAUUGAAGCAACCCCUCUACCGCCACCCAUGGGAGGAUGUUCUCUACACAAAUUGAGAAGGUUCUGUGUUAUGGCUGGCUGGAAAACUUCGCUUCGUUUCAGAUUAGGAAUCUGUUGAGAAAUCAUGCAUCUCAAGUAUCCUGGAAUAAAUUUUUUAGAUGUUAGAGUAGUGUUGCCAUCAGUAAGUUGAAACGAACAAAUUCACUGUCAAAUUUGAAAUUACUACUGUAAUUCUCUUGGUGAAGAUGUUGAAGUAAAUGAUUGCCAAGUUCAAGAGCUUUUAAUUCUGCUAAAUAACGUUGUUAAUUAA